GCUUUCUUCAUCUUUUCGGUGUAGACGCUGACAGUGCGGUUUUUGCUGCCAUGUCCAGCAACAUGAAAGCGUGCAAGUCGCAGGCAUCACAUGGUGCCGGGAAUGCCUCGCCGCAGACCAAUGGGUCUGGCCAGAAGGUGGUGGGCCCCAACAUCCGGGGCAACAGAGAGGAGUACCAGCUGGUGAUGCACCUGCAGAGCGCGCUGUUUGGGGGGGUCUACGAGGCCAAAGGCCGCAGCAGUGGCCGGGACUUUGCCAUCAAGGUACUCCACAAGAGUGAGCUCCAGAAGGUUGAGGAGAACAACUCCAUCGAAUUCUGCGAAGUGCCGCUGAGUGAGAUCAAGUUCGCGGACGUGAUGCGGGGGCACGAGCACGUCAUGGAGGUGGAGGAGCACUUCGAGGAUCAGUAUUGCCACUACUGCGUCUUCGAGCUUUGCAGAGGCGGUGAUUUGCUGGAAGCCUUGAAGCAGAAGCCCAUGGGCUUUGAUGAGCGGCACGCGCAGUUCUUGAUCCGCCAGGCGGCAAUGGGCCUCACCUUCAUGCAUGAACGAGGCGUGGCCAUGCAGGACGUGUCGCUGGAGAACAUGCUGCUGAAUGUUAAUCCAGGCAACGGCAACUGGCAGGUGAAGAUCUGCGACCCGGGCCAGGCCGUGCACUUCCAGACGGAGGGCGGCCAAGAGAUCCCGGUGGGCUUCCACGGCUUGGUAGGAAAGUCCUUCAGACCACCGGAGCUGCACGAGCACAAGCCGUACCUCUCCACGAAGGUGGACUCCUGGUGCCUAGGCUGGAGCACCUUCUACCUCCUCACCGCGCAGCCGCUCUUCAUGAGCGCCGACCCCUCGCAGAAGGACGCCGACUGGCAUCUCUUCAAGAACGGCAAGUUUGACGAGCUCUUCAAGACAAAGUCACCUAACUUCUCGCCCACGGGCAUCGACUUCAUCUUCAAGCUGCUGCAGCUCGAGCCCUCGAAGCGCAUGUCCAUCGCCGAUUGCUGCAAGCACGCGUGGCUGGCGGACCCCUCGGUGCCGCCCAUGUUGGUGCCCAAGGAGCUCCUGCCGGAGGCGGUGCGGAAGAGCAUGGAGGAGGAGAAGGUGGAGAGGCGGGCGGCCAAGCCAACCCUCCCCAUGGACCGGGACUUCAUGGGAGGCUCCCUGUCCACCAGCGCGGGCAUCAGCGGCGUGCCCUCCAUGACAGCCUCGCUGGCGGCGCCCAGCGCCAACUCCGUGAGGCCCAUGGCGCAUGCCUUGCCCACCUGGUCAGCGGCGCCCGUCCAGAGCAUGACGAAAAUGCAGCUUGCUGCACCUCAUACGCCUCUGAUGCGCGUACGCAGCCCGUCUGGCCGUUCUCCUCGCCAGAGCUUCACAGGAGACAUGCACAUGAACGCGGACCGCCGGAGCCGCGUCUUCCAGCCGCACCGCAGCUCCCAGAGGACGCCGUACUCUGGCGGCUAUGUCGUGGCCACGGCGCACUCCCCGGCGCCGCUGCGGGGCUCCUCCGGCCGGGCCUCGCCCAUGGGGGAGAAGCUCAUGGCGGCCAACUACUACAGCCAAGAUGCCGGCCGCUUCGGCUUCAUGUCCACCCCGAGGGCCAACGGCCGCCCCAGGGCCUCGGUGUCGACAGCGGCGCCAGCCCCCCUGCCGCUGUCCGCCUCCCAGGAGAGCUCCGAGCGCGGCCGGCCGCUCUGGGCCUUCGGCCAGGCCGAUGGGACCCUGCCGCGGCUGGGGAGCGGCGGUUCGGACUACCAGGUGGCGGCCCCGGUGCCGGUGAGGGCCGCCUCCCCGGCUCCGAUGCAGACCAUGGGUGCAGUGACCCGGGCCGGGGCUCCAGGAGCCCGGCGAGUGGAAGGGAGGACGAAGGGGGUGGCCUCGCCGGGCCUGACCUUCAUGCGGCGGGCGAGCCCCCCGCGGGUGGUGCAGGUGUCGCGGUCGCCCUCGCCGGCCCGGGACCUGCGGGCGCCCAGCCCCACCUUCCGGCCGGGCUUCAGCUGGACCCCGGUGGCGGUGCCGCACCCUCCCGCCUCGAUCCGCGCUGCGUCUCCCACCCGUGUGGUGCACAAUGGGGGCUUUGCGUGGAUGCCGGAUCCGGCUUCGCCCCACGCGUCGCCGAGAGCCUUCUCCCCGUCGCCGCCCACAUCCAUCAGUUUUGCGCGAGCGCCGAGCAUGGUGGCGUCGGGGUAUGCCAGCCUGCGGACAUGAAUCAGCGGACUGGGGCGCUUCUUUCUGGUUUCGGCACAUAUCUCAGAUGCGACCGCCCGCGAGCCACACGCUCGGCGCGGGCUUCCCGAG